AUGGCCUCACUCCAGUACACAUUCAAGGGGACAAAGUACGACCUCGACAUCGCACCCACAUCAACAUCAACCCUCUUACUGGAACAGAUCUCAGAACAGACUCAAGUGCCCCUCUCAGGACUCAAGGUCAUGUUCAAAGGCAAGGUCCUCAGACCCAACGAGGGUGAGGAUACCGAGACUGUCUUUGUCAAGCACCCUUCUCUGACUACAGGAGCCAAGAUCUUUGUUCUCGGCACCACAGAGAAGGAUAUCGCCAAGGUUCAUUCUAUCGAUGAGCAUAUCAAUACACGGAAGAGCUACCGGCCAGCACCUGUAGCAAAGAGAUCCCAACCAGUACGAAACAUGGACGAUGACAAGUAUACAUUCGGACCCAUCCAAGUUCUUCCAGAGUUCCAAGAACAGGACAAAGCACGUGCAGUUCUGGAGCGACUCAAGAACGACCGAGGAAUCAUCGGGAUCAUGAAACUACACAAAUGGCAGGUUGGCGCGUUGAUCGAGCUGUCCCCGGCUCAAAAGACCAUUCUGGGGUAUAACAGGAAUAAGGGCGAAUUGAUUGCGCUUCGGUUACGGACGGAUGAUCUGGAAGGGUUCCGGCAUUAUGAUGCCGUUCGGAAAGUUCUCUUGCAUGAGCUUGCUCACAACGUCUGGAGCGAGCACGACGACAACUUCCACGCUCUGAACCGACAACUGAACAAGGAGGUGCAACAACUGGACUGGACUGCACAAAACGGCAGCCGAGUCGCUGGAAGUGACUUUUUCGACCCCGCCAAUGGACUUCAGGGAUACCAUGAUGAUCUGGAGGAUCAUGGAGUCGAUGGACAGUCAUGGAAGGGCGGCUCGUAUGUCCUUGGAGGUGGGGCAAUUCGUCGGGAGACUCAGGCAUUGACGACACGGGAGCUAGUUGCGAGGGCGGCACAGCUGCGGCAAAUUGAGUCUGAGAAGGACGAGGAUGGCAUGUGUGGCGCAAAGUAG